UUAGGAACAUAAAUAUGACGUAAUUAAAUCCCUGGUUUGACUAAGUUCAUAUGAUGAAUUGUUGCAAGUUGUCCUUGGCUCUUGUUUGCAUUAUCACCACGCUUGUAGGAAUACUUAUACUUGCUUUGCAAAUUGUUUCGGCGUCUACAACAGCAUGGGUGCACUUAAAAAAUCGACGAACGUCGUUCUCAUUUGGAUUAUAUCGACUUGAAGAUCACAUUGGCUUAGUAACAAUAAAGCUUGUUCAAUCCACUCCCGUUGUUGUUAUGCAAGCAAUGGCUAUCUUCUCCAUAUCAGCUGGAUUAUUUGGAAUAAUUACCACCGUUUUGGGUGCAACUCAAAGAAAUAUUUGUGGCAGAACUACCAAGUUUUUCAUCAUUCUCGCACAAGUAUUCAUUUCCCUUUCAGCAAUUUUGUACCUUAUCGGAGUUGCCACAUUUACUCAUUUCUGGCUGAAAAGCCCAUCGAAAUUUUUUCAAACACUGCCGACUGGUUCGAAUGAAUUUAUAUAUGGAUACGCUUAUUGGAUAUCUUGGUUGGCGCUAUUGUGCCAACUAGCUCUGAUGCUCUUUCUGAUCAUAUCAGUCAAUUGUGUAAUACGUGCGAAUGACGAACGAUUGGCUGGAUAUGAAGAUUUGGAAAAGAGUCGCAGCAAAGGCGACGAAAAACGGUUAGUCGGUAACGAAAAGUUGGGGUCGAAAAAGAAGCUAACGAUAUCUGAAAGAAAAGGUACAGUGGGAUACAGCGUGAAAAAAAGCGAAAAGGGAGACAAGGAAGCAUACAAGGAGGCCCUGGGAACAGCGGCAGCGUCUGUCGUGGAAAGAGCAAUUGUGGAAGGAGUCAAUAAAGUGGAAACAGCUGCUCCGAGCACAAGCACAUCGCACUAACAGAUUAUAUAGACUAUAGAAUGUAUUUCCAAAAUAUAAUUGCAAUUUAAAUAAAAUCUAUUGAGUUCGUGAGAAUAUGGAUGUUGCUUACGUGUGUCACUACGCCAAUUCAUCCAUAGAAAUGGCCUAGUUUGAUACCUUACUCCAGGGAAACCUGACGGAAGGAAAUUGGAUAUGGUGGUAACCAGUGGUGGGAUUCAAUUUUUUUGUCAGCCGGUUCCAUCACGAAGAACAUAUUUUUCACCCGGUUCUUUUACAAAAAGUCAUUGACAGUGACCAGUAUUGCUACCCGGUUCGCUGAUCUCAUAAAAUUCCGUGAGAGGGUUCUAUAGAACCGGUGCGAAACGGCUGAAUCCCACCACUGGUGACAACCCUACAAAGUGGUCAAGGCCAAACAACAUUCAAGGUUGUAUAGCAAUAUCAUCGCAGAAUAUGCGUGUCUUGAAUGAAUUCGAAAGUGUCUUGUUGCAGAUAUUUUUUCAACGCUCGUUGUUUUAUGCUCCGAUUUGCUGGUGACAUGAUCCCGAAAUAGCACGAAACUCCAUUUCAACAUGAAUGCCCAUAUGACGGCAAAGUAUAACGUAACUACAAAUUAGCAAUGGCGUGAGAUAUCACGUCGUGUUGUAUUAUUAUUAUUACUCAUAUCAAAUAUAAAAUUAUUGAAAUUUUCUCAUAGAAUAUAUAUAUAUAUAUGGCCAUCAAA